CAGUUUCUCUCUCCCUGGAAAUUUUGGAAAGAACAAAGGAGAAAAAAGCCUCUCUUUCUGAAUACAGUCCUCUCUGAGUCACCGCACAGAGACACAUUAAUGAUCUGGGUGCAGAUUGGCAAUCGGUCUCUCUAAAUCAAUGAACGGCGGUUUAUGCGCUAGGGCAUGAAAAUCUCUAAGGAGCUGUAUUUGGAGUCAUCCAUCACAGCUCCGCCAUUGCUGAUUGUAUUGCCCCUCUCUUUCCAGCUUCGCAACAAUCUCGUUUGUUCACUUUUGCUCUUUGUUUUUGUACAUUAUUCCUUUUGGUAACAGGUUUGGGUUCUGCGAUCAAUGAAUUAAUAACCUAUCAGAGUGCUGAAAGAUGGACAGGACAAAAUUGGAUUUAAGAGUUCACCACUCUGGAUCAAUACAAUCAGAGGAAUCUGUUUUAGAUUUGGAAAGAAAUUACUGCAAUCAUCAUAACCUGCCUUCAUCAAGUCCAUCACCACUUCAGACUUUCGCUUCAGCUGGUCAGCACUCAGAGAGCAAUGCUGCAUAUUUCUCUUGGCCUACUUUGAGUCGAUUGAAUGAUGCUGCAGAAGAUAGGGAAAACUAUUUUGGAAACCUUCAGAAGGGAGUGCUUCCUGAAACUCUUGGCCGGUUGCCAUCUGGACAGCAGGCUACCACCCUACUUGAGUUGAUGACCAUAAGGGCAUAUCACAGCAAAAUCUUGCGUCGAUUUAGUCUUGGAACGGCAAUUGGGUUUCGAAUUCGACGGGGUGUUCUGACAGAUAUACCAGCAAUUCUUGUUUUUGUUGCUCGGAAAGUUCAUAGGCAAUGGCUCAGCCAUUCACAGUGCCUACCUGCUGCUCUUGAGGGACCGGGAGGUGUAUGGUGUGAUGUAGAUGUUGUUGAAUUCUCAUACUAUGGGGCACCUGCACAAACUCCUAAGGAACAAUUAUAUACUGAAGUUGUCGACGGCUUGAGGGGAAGUGAUCCAUGCAUAGGCUCUGGUUCCCAGGUUUCUAGCCAAGAGACGUGUGGGACUUUGGGUGCUAUUGUGAAAAGUCGAACAGGCAAUCGACAGGUUGGUUUCCUCACAAAUCGGCAUGUAGCAGUUGAUUUGGAUUACCCAAGUCAAAAGAUGUUUCAUCCUUUGCCACCCAGCCUUGGACCUGGAGUGUAUCUGGGUGAUGUGGAGAGGGCAACAUCAUUUAUAACAGAUGAUCUUUGGUAUGGAAUCUUUGCUGGAACAAACCCAGAGACAUUUGUGCGAGCGGAUGGAGCUUUCAUUCCUUUUGCAGAAGAUUUUAAUGUGAAUAACAUAAUCACAACAGUCAAAGGCGUGGGUGAGAUUGGUGAUGCCCAUAUCAUAGACUUGCAGGCUCCAAUCAACAGUCUAAUUGGAAGGCAAGUGGUCAAAGUUGGAAGAAGCUCUGGCUUGACUACUGGGACCAUAAUGGCCUAUGCUCUUGAAUACAACGACCAGAAAGGGAUUUGUUUCUUAACUGAUUUUCUCGUUGUUGGUGAGAACCAGCAGACUUUUGACCUUGAAGGUGAUAGUGGAAGCCUUAUCCUUUUAACAUGUCGGAAUGGUGAGAAACCACGGCCAGUUGGAAUUAUAUGGGGUGGGACUGCUAAUCGAGGUCGAUUAAAACUAAAAGUUGGCCACCCUCCGGAGAAUUGGACUAGUGGCGUUGAUCUUGGGCGCCUUCUUGACCUCCUUGAGCUUGAUCUCAUCACAACAAAUGAAGGGCUUCAAGUUGCAGUGGAAGAACAGAUAAAUGCUUCCGCAGCAGGGAUUGAAUCCACUGUCGUGGAGUAUUCUCCCCCAGACCGGGUGCCAUCAAGGGAUAAAAUUGAAGUGAACUUUGAGCCUCUGAAUUUGAAUAUUCAGCAGGUCUUGGUGGAGGGAGAAUCCCAUCAAGGAUUGACUGCACCGUUCGUGCACCCAGAGUUUCACAUAGAAGAUGGGGUGGAGAAACCGCCCAAAAUAGAGCACCAGUUCAUUCCGAAUUUCACCGGGACAUCUCCAGAGCAUGAAAAAGGCCGAUGUGGAAACCAAGAAUGCAAGCCCCUGGCGCUGAGUAACUACUCUGAUGAAGAGCUUCAUGUUUCAUUGCAGUUAGGUGAGCCUGAAUUGAAGAGAAGAAAGCACUCAGUUUAGUAAAAAUUGUAGAACCCGAAUGAGUGAUUAAUGCAUAUAUUCAGAAUUGCCAUGGAGAAGUGCCGUCGAAGAUAGAAUACACACGGCUGUUCCUCCAUUCUGCCUUCAGAUAUAUGGUCCUCCAUUUGAGAACUGUAAGUGUUCUAUACCGUUGGAGUUUGAAAAGAAAUUUUGUCGCGCGUGCUGUCGAUCAAGUAAAGUAUAAUUCUUUUUUUCCAUAAUCAAAGUUACAAUUGUAGGUCUUAUGUAUGGGGGUGUAGCUUAUUCAGUUUAGGCCUUAGGGUGUACCUGUAUCUACAACUUCUCUUUACAUUUUGUCUCCCAAUGCCAAAAUAUGUGCCAUAAUCACUCCUGAAUUGGGAGUAUGAAACAACUCUGAAAGCCUCAGAGACGGAGUUCUUUUUCAUUGGCUCAGCGAACAUUGUGGUCAUCUUGAAAGAAGCAUACUGUGGAAUUUCAUAUCAUAGAAAGUUUGUUUCAUAGUGGUUUUUGUUUUCCA